AGGAAUAAUAUAUAUAUAUUUUUUUUCAUUUUGUUUUCACACCCUCAUAUACACACCUACUUUGAUUAACCUUUCUACCUCUUAUACAGCCAGCGAAGAGACUUUAUUCCAUGAUGUCAGGCACACAAACCCCUCAGUCAACUUGUGUGGAUAUGCCAGAUGUUGCAACUCCUAAGUGGCCUGUAAUGUCACCCGUUCAAAACAUCCACACUCUCAUGCUUCUCCGGUUCACUUUAACCCCACUCUGCCCAGCAACGUCCAUUCAGGAAGACAAGUGCGGUUUGUGUCACCCCCUGUUGGCAGUACUCCACUGCAGAAUAUUACAGGGGAUUCAGUAUCCUUCCCCAUGCAACUAUGCACUUCACGAGAUUUCACCUGUCUUUUCUAAUAAUCAACAGGAAUUGCAGUUACCCCAUGCACUCCCUACUCCUGCUAGAAAAAUGCAGCAUCUGACGUCACAAGUGCAGGGAAAUUGGGAAACACUGAUGAAUACUACAGAGAAACAAGAGGAAGCAAUUCGUAAACUUACCCAUGAACUAAAGACCGCUUCUACUCACCACACUGAUCAAGCUGCUAACAUGGCCACAAAAAUACAGGAAAAUCAACAGCAAGUUCUUACAUUGCUUUCUACAAACAAAACACAAGAGGAUGCUGAAACAGAUCAACUAACAUUAGCCAUUAACCUCAUGCUUACCACUGAAGUUCAAAAAGCAGAGUCUACCAUCGUUUCGAAGAUGCGCUUCAUGGUAAAUCGGCUUCAGGCAGAAGUACAGCAAGAUUUAAAAAACAUGCAACAAAACCUUCAAAAAAGUCAUGACCAGUUGACAACUGAAAUUCAGAAAUGUAAUCGUCAAACUGUUGAUGUCUGUGCAGAUUUUAAAAAGUUCCAGACUGAAGUGACUGAUCUGUGUAAAACACAGGAAAGUAAACUGCUGAGUAUGUUUAAAGAAAAUAAGCAGUCUACCACCCUUGUCACUCUUCCUGCCUCUACUCAAAUAACACUCACCUCUUCAAUACCUGUAUCUGCUUUUCCUGUGGCUAUAGGGGUAAGAAGUGACCACCUUAAACUGACUUUUCCAACUUUUGGCCGUCCUUCUGAUGAUUUUGACCCUUUGCUCUACGUAAUUCGCUGUCAAGAUAUCCUUGCAUUACAUACCCUUAUUGAUGCAGAUAUUUUGGCCAUGUUUUGUACUGUUUUAUAUGGAACAGCUCGUGACUGGUGGGAAGUUGCCAGAACAUCUGUAGCCUUCUGGACUGAAUUAGAGUCUGCUUUUCUGUUGAGGAACUGGUGAAAUUAGGCCAUCAGCUUGAGAAGGAUUUUGCUCAGCAACAAAAAUUUGAGGUACAGAAAAACAUUAAGCCACUUUCAAUGCCAUCAAGAAACCCCUCUAUUCCACCUAUAGAGAAGCCUCCUGUUCAGUACUGGCGGUGUAAAGGAUAUCAUUCGCCUGGAAAUUGUCCUCAUUUUGUUUAUGCCCCGUUUAACCAACACAGUAAUCAGCAUAGACCCAAUAAUGCCAAACGGUUCAGCCAACCAUUAAAGCCUAGUGGUCCACUACACCUUCUGGGAACACUGUGUCUAUAGGAGUUACACCUGAGACAUGUUUAAUAUCAGAAGACAUCAGCUUUGUCAAAAAGACACCUUCCAUUCACUUGCCUGUAAUCCCUCAGCAAAUAGUCGUGCCCAUUACUAUUGCUUCCUGGGUAGGGAAAGCAAUCCUUGAUACAGGAGCAAGUUACACAUUGAUUAACAGUCUAUGGACUGAACUUGUCCCGCAACCAAUUUUGCAGCCAUGGACCCUUGGGCCAUUAUAUUUUGCCAAUGGUGACGCUAAAGUCCCAUUAGAAUGGGUAACUUUGUCAAUUAUUCAUUCAAGAUGAGCCCUGAUGCAGACUAUCUUUUUCAGCCAGGCAAUGCAAGGGUUCCACACCAGUCGCCCCAUCUAAAAAGGAGGCCCAGUCAUCAAGAUGUCCAACAGAGCCUCUCUCUUCUUAGUUCAAUUCCUCCACCUCAAAUGCCAUUGCUUUCAAGUCCACAGGACGAUUUUAAGGAUCAAGAUCCUAUAGACCUUGCUGUAAAUAUUGCUCAUGUACCUCUUGAGGGAAAACAAAGACUUCGUCAACUCCUGGAAACCAACUCUAGGGUGUGUACUCUCCGUGUGGGACGUACCAAUGUUCUUCAGCAUCAGCUUUACAUGCUGUACCCAUCAAGCAGCAACCUUAUCGUCUUACUCCAUCGAAGCAAACUGUUGUGAAAGAGCAGUUGGAAGAGAUUUUGAAGGAAGGCAUUGUGGAAUCGUCUCACUCACCUUGGGCAUCCCCCAUUGUCCUAGUUCAAAAGAAAGAUGGAAAAAUGAGAUUCUGUGUUAAUUACAGGAAAGUUAAUCGUAUAACAGAAAGUGACGCCUACUGUCUUCCACACAUGACUGACAUACUUGAAUCUUUGUCUGGAGCAGCUAUUUUUUCAUCCAUAGAUCUUAACAGUGGAUACUGGCAGGUGACAAUGGAUCCUGCUAGCAAGCCCAUGACUGCCUUUGUCACCCCGUCUGGUGGGUUUUAUCAGUUUAGAGUCAUGCCCUUUGGAUUAAAAAAUGCUCCCGCAACUUUCCAAAGGCUGAUGGAGACUGUUCUUGGUGAACUCAGAGGAAAAAUCUGUUUCGUCUACAUCAAUGAUAUUAUUGUAUACUCUCCAUCUGUGUAACAACAUUAUGUGGACCUGCAAACUAUUUUCCACCUGUUGCAGACUGCUGGUUUGGCAAUCAAUCUUAAGAAAAGCAAAUUUUGUCUGCAAGAGUUGAUGUUCGUUGGUCAUCUAGUAAAUAUUCAUGGCAUUUCUACUGACCCAAGAAAAGUGGAAGCCAUAAAAGCCUACCCAGUACCUCGAAACAUCAAGGAGGUCCAGCGUUUCCUUGGACUUGCCGGGUGGUACCACUGGUUUGUCCCCAACUUUUCUCGGAUCGCAGAGCCCAUUAAUGCCUUGAAAAUGAAAGGACACACAUUUCAGUGGACAUCAGAUUGUCAGCAUGCUUUUGACCAGCUCAAAACCUGUCUUACCUCUCCACCCAUUCUUGCACAUCCAAAUUUUGAUCAUCCCUUUACUGUCUAUACAGAUGCCAUCUGUAUAGACAGUAAUACUAUACCAGUGGCCUAGGUGCAGUCUUGACACAGCGGAAGGACCAGGACACCGAACAGGUGAUUGCUUAUGCUAGCAGAACCCUCAGUAAGGCAGAAGCUAAUUACUCUGUGACAGAGAAAGAAUGCCUUGCCGUGAUACGGGCUCUGGACAGAUGGCAGCACUAUCUUGAGCCAAAAUUAUUAACUGUUGUUGUGACUGAUCAUUCUGCCUUACAAUGGGUAAUGAGCUCUACAAAAACCACCAGCUGACUCAUCAGAUGGGCUCUACGCCUCCAAAAAUUCGAUUUUAUCAUCGAGUAUAGAAAAGGCAGACUUAAUACAGUGGACCCACAUGCAACCUACUUACCAUACAGGAGCAAGAAGAAGAGUUGCCUAUUUCAGCUGUGGAUCUUUGGGAACACCAACAUCAAGAUCCUGAAAUUGUAAAAAUUCGUACAGAAAUGGCUGAAAACAGGCCAGACACCACACAGAAAUUUGAGUCAUCCAACACUACCAUUCGCAUCCAUUGAGUGGUCAUGGAAGUGUUUUCAAGACAAGAUGUGAACUGACAUAAAGAACUAUGUUAAAUGCUGCAAAAAGUUUCAACUCUACAAACACAGCAAUCAAAAACCGGCUGGGAAACUUCAACCAAUUAGCACAACUCAUCACAACAAAAUGUUGGGAGUGGACAUUAUGGGACCAUUACCAUGCAGCACCCCUCACCGCAAUGAGUAUCUGUUAGUCUGUGUCGACUAUUACUCACGCUGGGUGGAAUUGUUCCCCAUCAGAAAAGCAAGUGCAGAAGUUGUGUCAGCAAUUCUCAGAAAUGAGAUUAUUACCCGUUGGGGUGUCCCAGACUUUGUGGGAACUAUGUGUGUAUUAAUACAUGCAUA